CUCGUUUCCUGUGCUGAUCUCGGCUGUGCACCGAUCCUCCUUGUGUGCUGCCGUCAUUGUGUCACUCUGUCUUAGGUGCUGUUGUUUCCCGGUCUUCGGCUCUUUACAAUCGUUCUCACCAGCUAAUUUCUCCCUGGGCUUUUUCUAAGAGCGAUUCUCGUUCGUGGGCAGGGGCAGCCCCAUUGUUAACGCUGCACCCAGCCUUCUGUUUAUAUUGCUGUAUAGAAGAUGCACUAUUACCGAUACUCUAACCCAGAAAUCAGCUGUUGGUACAAAUACCUGCUUUUCAGCUACAAUAUCAUCUUUUGGCUAGCUGGAGUUGCUUUCCUUGCAGCCGGGCUUUGGGCAUGGAGUGAAAAGGGUGUAUUAUCUGAUCUCACGAAGGUAACCCGUCUCCAUGGCUUUGACCCGGUGGUACUUGUCUUGGUGGUUGGUGGAGUGAUGUUCGUUCUGGGAUUUGCUGGUUGCGUAGGAGCAUUGAGGGAAAACAUCUGCCUUCUGAAGUUUUUCUGUGGAGCAAUCGUACUUAUAUUUACAUUGGAGCUGGCUGCGGCCGUGCUGGCUUUCUUGUUCCAGGACUGGGUGAGGGACCGGUUCAAGGAAUUCUUUGAGAAUAACAUUAAAUCCUACCGAGAUGACAUCGACCUACAGAACCUCAUUGACUCAUUGCAGAAAAUUAACCAUUGCUGUGGUGCUCAGGGGCCAGAUGACUGGGAUCUUAACAUUUACUUCAACUGCAGUACUGAAAGCAAAAGUCGUGAGAAGUGUGGGGUCCCCUUUUCCUGCUGUGUACCUGAUCCUGCUCAAAAGGUUGUGAAUACGCAAUGUGGAUAUGACAUCAGAGCACAGAAGAAAAACCAAUGGGACAAUUUAAUUUUCACCAAGGGUUGUAUCCCUGCUCUUGAAGCUUGGCUACCCCGAAACAUCUACAUUGUUGCAGGAGCCUUCAUAGCUAUCUCAUUGCUGCAGAUUUUUGGGAUUUUCCUGGCCAGGUCACUGAUUUCGGAUAUUGAAGUUGUAAAGGCAGGUCAUCUUUUCUGAAGACUAAAGCAGACACCAGCUGUGAAGACAAAUACAUUUCACUGCUAUUGAUUUGACAUCAAGGUGAAAAGAAAUUGACAAACACACAGGCCUUGGAGUGCUCCAGGUUUUAAAAGCCUUAUUUUUGUAUCAGCCAGAUGUUACUCUGCUUCUGCUUUUGCUGCAGGCUGGUGCAGAAAGAACACACUGCUUCCUCCCCCAGAUCCCCUUCUCCCCAAUGCAACAUCUGUUUCUUUUUCCAAGGGGAAGACUAGAUUUAAACCUCUUUUGAUGUGGAAGAGAUUCCCCUAAAUCUAUGAGGGAUGGACUAAAAGACUCCAGUAAGCAGAAAUGGAAACUGCUAUAAACCAGUCGCUUACCUUGAAGAACUUGCUGCUGUAAGGGCUGUUUUGUCUUGGCUCCCAGCUACUAUCACUGGAGGUUGCAAAUGUUGCAUUCAUUAUGUGGAUCAUAGCUGCAUCUGUUAUGGUGUUUGUCAUGGUCUUAGAAGAGAGUGUCCUAAAGAUCGACAAUGAUCACGUUGAUGGAAUAGGCAAAGGAGGUUACUUAAUGUCUAUUCUCAAAACAUCGUAGUCUGUUCUCGAAACACCAAGCAUUUCAUUGUGUCCUAUUUGAAUGGAAGGCCCAGGUAGUUAUGUCAUUGGAUUAUUGGGAGUCAUGAUAGUCUUGGUAUUAGAGACCGUAAAAAAAUGCCAUUAAGUCUCCAGUUGUCAGAUGGAACCUCAGCUGUGCAGAAGUAGGGAAUGUCCCUAUAUGACCUGAGCUAAUGUAGAUAUUUCAGUAGGGACUCAAAUGCUUGAGUAACAGAAGCCACUUAUUUUGAAAGUUCUUGCCAACAUAAGUUUCUCAAGAGGGAGUAAUUUAAUUAUAUAUUGAUAGCAUAUUUGGAAAUCUUUUCAUGAGGGUAGAUGGAUUCUCUGAUGCUAUUUCUCCUUUUUAGAUGUUUGUAAAUAGUUUUAAUUUAUAGAGGAGAAAAUCUCACCGUUUGCUUACACUGUUUUGUAGAGCAAUUACUUCAAAAAGAGUGAUAUCUGCUGGGCUGAAGGCAUUUAAAAAUGCUGCUUGGUACAAGAGAUCACUGAAUAUGUGAUUGUAUCCGUCAAGAGCUCUCUAGUCUGCCAUCUGUUCUCUUUCACACCUGUCCACUGCACUGUUGUUUAUCAUCUUCUUUGACUGUUGAUUGCUAUAUUAGGACUAAAAAGAAAUUAAAGGACAAGCUAAACUUUGUUAAGCCUUUGAUUCAGGAUUUUCCAGGCUAGUCAAAAGCAAAUAUAACGUACAUAAGAGUCUAAUGGAGCACUGGAGUUACUAGCAUUAAUUUAUUUAAAAAAAUCUUUUGAAUGCAUUGUUGUUUCCCAUUCCAUUUGUCCUUUGCUGCUCAGACUUUCCUGCAAAAAUGCCAGAUCCAGUCAUGCUGAAGAAAUGCUCAGAGCUGCGUCUCCAGAAUAAUGCUGUAGGCCCUGGCCCAAAGUGGGUGCAGCCCUCAUUGAAAUCAAAUGGGUGUGGCUCCUGUUUACACCAGGGAUGAAAUUAAGGCCUUAUGACGUUUCCUGCAAACUGGGGUGCUUAAGACCUGAUCCAAAGUCCUCGGAGGCCAAUGAAAAGACUCCCAUUGACUUCAGUGUCCUUUGGAUCAGGCCUGUAGUGCUAGUCCAAACCAUUCUUCUGCUCUUCUGUGAAAUCAAAAGUCAGAAUAGAAUUAACUGUAAAAGCUGAAAGGUGUGAUACGUAAUAAGAAACUCUUUUAAAUAGUUGUUGCAGUGUCAAUUUUACUAUGGGUUAUUUACUAACAAACUGUUCACUGCUUGUAAUGGCACCCUAUUUUUCAGGGAUAGCAGUUACUUGCAGUGCCUAACGUAGUGUAAAUUCUAGUAAAGUAUAUAUUUUUGUAAUUAUAUUUUACUACAUUAAUGCUUGUGUUUCCAAAGUGUUAUGCUUUCUUAGAAUGCCAAACUUCUGAAUAUAUCUUUUUAUAUACAUGUGUGUAACAUUUUAUGUGUUAUCUAAGUAUUAAUGAGCAAUUCACUGGAAGAAAGGUGAUACCAAUAGGGAUCUGUACCAGCCUUUCUUCCAUGAAAGCUAGAAGAAGGCUGCUUUGACAUUCUGUGAAACAUUUCAUGGACAAUGCUAUAUUUUGUAUGUGGCUUUCAGCUGAGCUUUCAUGUUUCUUUUUCUGGCCAAUGACUGAGACAGAACGGGAAAAGGA